GCUAGUCUACGCUAGUCAAACGCUCAGUCAAACUCUUACUCAAAACGCUUAGUCAAACGGUCAAUGUUAUUUAAACCUUCCUCGCAAGAGCCCUAAGUUGAGAUUCGUCCAUGGCGGAACAGCACGCCGUGGUUGUGGCUUAUCCAGGGCAAGGCCACAUCAAUCCGCUGAUGCAGCUCUCCCUGCGCCUGGCGAGCUCCAUGGGAUUCUUCGUCACCUUCGUCACGACGAGGGGCAACCACGAGAGCAUUCUAGCGGCGUGGGAACGGCAGGGCGUGGCGCCGCCGUGGGAGCGCGGCCUCUCCAUCCAAAUGCGCCCCAUCCCCGACGAUGUGCUCCCGCCGCGCUCCAUGGGCGGGAUCUUCCACUUCCUCGAGGGCGUCAAGAAGCUCGGUCCCGGACUGGAGGAGCUCAUGGAGGCACUGGCCAAGGACCCUAGCAUGCCGCCGGUGUCGUGCGUCGUAUCGGAUGCGUUCUUGCUGUGGGCGGCGGGAGUGGCGCGCCGAUUUGGAGUGCCCUGGGUGAUGUACUUCCCCUUGCCGGUCUUGGCGUUCCUGAUUUACCACCAUGCUAGUGCUACCGAGGUCCUCUCAUCUCGCGAUCCAGAAUGCGAGGAUCUUAUCGAGUGCCCGGGCGUGAUCCCGCUGCAUCCACUGGAGUUGCCAUCGCUCGUCUGCAAUCCCCAGGACACGACUCACGAGCUACUGCGAGGGAUGAGCGAUGGCGCGAGGAACAGCGCUGCUUGGGUCUUCUUCAACACUUGCCCCGCGCUGGAGCAGCCGCUCAUCGAUGCGGCGAGGGAGCAGGGGUUUGAUAGGUUCGUACCAGUCGCACCACUGCUCCCACCCAGCUUCCUCGGACUAGGCGACCUGGAUCAUCGAUCAUCGCCCCAGGAGUUUUUCACGAGCUCGCUCUGGGAGCAAGAUCUCAGCUGCCUCGAUUGGCUCGAUCGCCAGCCGCCACGAUCCGUGCUCUACAUCUCCUUCGGCAGCAUAGCGGCGAUGAAUUUCUCGCAGCUGGAAGUCCUGCUCGGUGGAUUGCUCGACCUUGGCGAGAGAUUCCUGUGGGUGCUUCGCCCGGAUCUCGUCUCGGACAUGGGAGAGGAAGAUCACGCACGAUUCCUUGACAGGGCGAAAGAUCUGGGCCUCGUCGUUCGCUGGGCGCCGCAACUCCAGGUCCUCCGCCAUGGAUCAACCGCGGCCUUCCUCACUCACUGCGGAUGGAAUUCCACGUUUGAAAGCAUUUGCGCUGGAGUGCCGACGAUCUGCCAGCCCUGCUUCGCGGAGCAAAAGGCCAACGCCAAGUACGUCGUGGAGGUGUGGAAGACGGGCGUGAAGCUCGCAAAGGGUCAUCGCGGAGAUUUCUCCAAAGAGGACGUGCUGCGCGCCAUAAGCGCGGUGAUGGGCGGUGGCGAGCAGACCGAUUCGAUCCGGAAGAGAGCCGCGGAUCUGCGCGAUGCGUGCCGGAAGGAUUUCCAAGAGAUGAGCGGGCUCAAGGCAUUCGCGGCCGAUCUCCUCGCCAAGAACAAGAGCGCGGAAUUCUGAACGGCUAAGAUCGAACCCAAGAUAUCCGACGGUUCCGUUUAAAUAAGUGAAUAUGCUGCGGCAUUUAGGGUU